AUGUCCCAAAACGCAGCGACAUACGCAGACUGCGUAGCCUCCCUCCGCAGCUCCCUAACCUUCCUCCAAAACUCCGUAUCGACCCUCGACACAGGCGUCUCCGACCUCCCCCGCCUCGCCUCCGUCCUCCGUCCCACCCGCCACUUCGAACUCAUCCCCCAACCCACCCUCGCCGCCGCCGAGGCCUCCCUGCGCGACGAAAUCGGCCCGCAAAUCGCAAAGCUCCUCGACCGCGCCGACGCGCAGAUCGCGCGCCGCGAAAGGCGCAUCGAGACACUGCAGGCUAGGUGUGAGCUCUUGCAGGGCCGGUUGGCGGCGCCGUCUGAGGAGGAGGAUGGGUACGGGAGCAAGAAGGCAAAGGGGCGAGGAGGGGGAUAUGCUAGUGGAAGUGGUGGAAAGAAGAAGGGGCUGAAUGGGGAGAGAGCUUUGCGGGCUAGGGCUGUGAGACAGAGGAGGGAGGGUUUGGAGUAUAGUGUUGAGAGGCUUGAGCUGGAGGUCUUGACGAAGGAGAGGGAGUUGAGGAAGAGGCUGGAAAAGGCUUGA